AUGACAUUAUUCCCAGCGAUCCUGUUCCUGGUUGCUGUGCAGCUUCCAUCUUUCCUUGCAAAUGAGAAGGAGGAUAAAGCAUUUGCUGCUUUGUCAACCACCCGACCGGAAGUCCAGAAGGAGAUUGUAAAUAAACACAAUGAGCUAAGGAGAACCGUGUCACCAAGUGCCAGUGACAUGCUGAAGAUGGAAUGGUGCAGGGUAGCAGCACAAAAAGCCCAAGACUGGGCAGACCGGUGCCAGUACCGACACAGCGGGAGUGAGCACCGGAAACUCAAUGUAAGCUGCGGUGAGAACCUCUUUAGGUCAAGCACUCCCUUUUCAUGGUCAUCAGCCAUCCAAUUGUGGUACGACGAAAGCAAAGAUUUUACCUUCAAUGUAGGGCCAAAGAGACCCUCCGCAGUAAUUGGACACUAUACUCAGGUGGUCUGGUACUCCUCUUUCCGCGUGGGAUGUGGAAUCGCCUACUGCCCCAGCUUCGCACAUUUAAAGUACUUCAUGGUUUGCCAUUACUGUCCCUCUGGUAACAUCAGGGGGAAACUGUACACCCCUUACAAGCAAGGAACCCCCUGCGCCAGUUGCCCGGGUCACUGUGAGGACGGACUGUGCACCAAUGGUUGUGAUUAUCAAGAUGAAUUUUCCAACUGUGCAGAUAUGAAAAGAGAUCUCACCUGUAAUUUUACAAUGGUCAAGAACCAUUGCAAGGCCUCCUGCAACUGCGAAGGCAAAAUUUAUGAACGGCCUGAGCACGUGACUCUUGGGCGGCAGGGUUUUUGUGGUAGCUCCGCCUGCUUAAGCAUCUCUAAGCAAGUGUUCACGUGUGCUGUCUUUAAUUACGCUUUGCCACUCAUUUUCUUCCCACUCUUCCGCACUUUGUCCUUGCAAUUAACUUGCAGCUGCUAUUCCCAAAGUAACCCCGGCUUUCUUUAUGUCAAAAUCAAUGAAGACUUUCGGUUACUCAUCCGCAUAAAUUUCACAGUAGAAUGUGGCCACAGUUUUCCUUAA